AUGCCCCUCUGGCAAAUCUACCACCCACCCGGCACUUUCGAGGACGACACCUCAAAGCAAGCCUUCGUCAAUGACAUUACAAAAAUGUACACAACCCUCGGCCUACCCGCCUUCUACGUCGUGACCCAUUUCUACAAAAUCGACAACAGCAACGUCUACCUAGGCUGGAAACCAUCGUCCGAGAAUGAGAAACCAUUCGUGCGCGUGGUCAUCACGCACAUUGCUCUCCAUGUACCAAAUGCGGACGCCGCCUAUCUCCAAACUACAUCUCGCCUGGACGAUAUUAUGAAACCUCAUCUGUUGGACAAGGGAUACGACUUUGAGUACCAUGUUGAUGAGACGGAGCGUCGUCUUUGGAAGAUUAAUAGUUUGAUUCCGCCGCCUUUUAAGAGUGCUGAGGAGCAGGUCUGGGUGAAGGAAAAUAGGGCUGUACCUUAUGAGGGUGGUCAUCCUCCCACGUCGGGAUAG